AGCGUCUAUUGACACACUAGGGAAAGCGGCCAGCGCCAAAGUUGGCCGCUGUGUGUCGUCUGAGCAGCCUCUCGACGACCAGAGAACCAGAAGCUGCCGUACGUAUCCCACGCAAAGCGCGCAGAACUUUUGGGGCUGCCUCCACGCCACCGACACGCCCAGCUAUCCCACCAAGAGCACCUACUAACCAUGGGCAACCUCGAGUCCGGCGUCCAGCGCACGAUUCAAGUCAUAGACAACGACCCGACGACCUGGAGUUUGGAACAUGUGGAAGCCUUGUGGCGGAGACAUCAAGCUGGAGCCCACGGCUUCGGGCUGCACAGAAAAGAAAUAAAAGAAAUCGUCCGGGCCAUCUUCCCCGACGCGAAGAAGGACGUCGUCGGCGACAUGAUUUGGCCUAGGUUCGCGGAGUACGAUUCUGGGGGAGAGGUGAACGCGCUCGAGGUGCUCGGCGGCCUCGCGGUCGUCUCGCAGGGGUCCUUGGAGGGCAAGGCGAACUUCGUGCUGCGGCUCUUCGACUUUAAUCAGGUCGGGUCCCUGUCGUAUGACGAGGUCGUCGUCGCGCUGUUGACCGUGCUCGCGGGCUGCUGCCUCGCGACGCGGCGCGGGUCGCUGCCGCAGGACGAGGACGUCCUGCAGCACGCCGACGACGCCUUCCGGAAGGCGGGCAGGGACUCGACGAUGCGCGUGCCGCUGCUCGAAUUGGAACACUGGUUCGUCGCGCGGUGCGCCGACUUGUGUCGCGAUCGGAAGCUGGAGGUCUGCGACUCGCCCCAUACGCUCCUGCUGUGCUUCGACCUCAUGCAGGCGUCGGUGAUCCCCGACGACGACCCGGCCGUGGUGCUGGCUGAGGCGACGCCGGCGUAAGAGGUGCUCCUAC